AUGAGAUUAGCGGCGUACGCGGGGGCUUCUGCGGCCCUGGCGACGGGCGUCGUCUUGAAGGCGAUGCAUCAGCGGUCGAAUUUCUACUCGGCGUGUGUCUAUCUCUCGCAGAGUAGCGCCAAUCUUAUGAUUCUGACGAACCUCUGCCUCCUCAUCACCGGAUACGUCCUUUUCUGGCUACAGCGGCUGCUGUACGGCCCCCUGCGACCGAUCGAGACCGAACAGCUGUACGAACGGGCGUGGUUUGCAGUCACGGAGACAUGUCUCGCCAUGACCAUCUUCCGCGGCUCGCUGGGCGCCUGGUUCCUCGUCAUGUUCGUCUCGCUGCUGGUUGGGAAGGUGUGGAGCUGGAUCGGCGAAGGACGCGUCGAAUUUCUCGAGCAGCAGCCGCCGGCGAACCCGCGGUUGUUCCAUACCCGGCUGGCCAUCUCGCUCGCCCUCACCGUCUGCUUCCAUUCCUACAUGCUCGAGUACUGCAUCAAGACCGUGCUCGAGCAGGCCCGCCCGGAUAUGAUGGUCAUGUUCGGCUUCGAGUUUGCCGUCUUGACUAUUCUCUCUUCCUCCACUACUGCCCGCUACGCCAUCGCCCUCGUCGAGAUCCUGAUCACCCGCAAGCAGAUCCGGGCCAAGCUCCAGGAGCGCCGCGCCGAGAUCCGCGCCGCCCGUGACGAGAUCAUCAGGGAGCAUGCCCGCGCCGGCGCCACCGGGUUUCCCUCCAACCUGCCGGAUGAAAACGAUGUCGACGAGCUCGAGCUGGAUGUCCCCGGCUGGGAGGACAAGGGCCGCUGGGUCUUCUAUCUCGACCUGCUGACCGACUUCCUCAAGCUGGUCGUCUAUCUCUCCUUCUUUGUGAUUUUGUUUACCUUCUACGGCCUGCCAAUCCACAUCCUGCGCGACGUCGUCGUGACCAUCCGCUCCUUCGGCCGCCGCAUCAUGGAUUUCUUCCGCUACCGCAACGCCACCCGCGACAUGAACCAACGCUACCCGGACGCCACCUCUGAGGAAGUCUCCAGGGAGGACGUCUGCAUCAUCUGUCGCGAGGAGAUGACUCCUUGGAACCAGCCGGCCGCCAACGCCAAUGCUAACAAUGCCGCCCCCCGCAACCGACUCCCAGAACGACGGCGACCCAAGAAGUUACCGUGCGGCCACAUCCUGCACUUUGCCUGCCUCCGGAGCUGGCUUGAGAGGCAGCAGAACUGCCCGACCUGCCGAAGACCUGUUCUUGGGCCUGCGGCUGCCCGUGGCCACCCGGGCAAUGCUGUCGGCGGCGGCGGCGACGGGCAAGCGAACGCCGGCGUGGGCGCCCAGCAGAACAUCCCUGGCCAGAACGGCGGGGCACCGGACGGUUUGGCGAGAGCUCGGAUCUACCAGUUUGGUCCAUUCCGCCUCGGCUUCGGUGCCGGUCGGGGAGACCUGCUCCAGAACCUCCAGCGACAGAUCCACCAGGGCAAUGUUCCGGUGCAGGCAGGCGCCGGCAACAACAAUAUUAAUAACGUCAACAUGAACGACCCCGAUGUACAGCAGCUUGGGUUUGGACUUGGGUUUGGACGAGCCCAGCCGACGCCCACCGUGCCUUCCGGGCCCAACCAGCUGGCCGGUGUUCAGAUGCAGCUCCAGCAGAUCGAACUGCAGCUCCUCCAGGAGAUCAACAACCUGCGCGUCACGGCAGAGCAGCUCCACGUCGUGCGCCUGCUCCAGGCGGAACUCCAACGGCUGCGCGGUCUGCAGGCCGAUUCCUCUGGUGUGCCCGCCACUGGGUUCCAUAAUAUCACCUCAUCAUCAGCAUCAUCAGCAUCUCCCUUGCCCUCAUCAUUUACAACGACAACAGCAACAACAACUUCGUCGUCGGCCCGUCGCCAGUUCUUUUCGGAUCCGAACGUGCCGGCGCUUCGUACGGGAGACGAGCGACUCCCCGAGGGGCUCAAUCUGCCGCCAGGGUGGACGCUGGUUCCCUUGCGCCACCUGCCUUCGAGACCAGCAGGGACAGGGACUACUCCGGGUUUAUUCGGUGCUACACCUACAGAGACAACUACUCAGCAGACAGAGGCAGAGACUCCGACGGAGCCAGACAACCUUGGACAACCUGAUGAUCACGAACAGCCAGAGCAAGAAGAUGCAAACCAAGUCACCCCCGAGCACGCAUACGAAGCCCGCUCAAACUCGCCCUCCCAGGAAUGGACGGACGUCACCCCCGAUUCAUCCGAACAGACACCCGACCGGUCUGCAGAAAGCACCCCCAGCGACGGGUCAAAGGGGAAGAGCCGAGUCCCGACGGUGGAGGAAGCAGAAGAGGAGCCUUGA